AUGUCGGCAAACGCCCUCCAGCCUGGUACCCAACCCCGCGAGGGAGCACGCGUCCGCGAAGAGUCGGCAGCAGACCCAAUGUCAAUUGAGAAAAUCAGCGGCGAGCGUAAUGCCCGUACAGCUAUUAGCAACCUCGAAUGUCGCCUGAAGAUUAUGCCGCAAAUGAAACUGUCGAUCAGCGCCUUCAGCCUGUCAUUCGACCAACCCACGUCUGCCCACAAUGCACGAACUCUUUCCUCGGAGCUCGAUCAGUUGGCACAGUUCGUCCAGGAGAAGAUGGCUGGAAACUUGGACACGAAGCGAGCAGUCACCCGAUUUGUCCACGCCGCCGCAUACGUGCAGAACCAAGUACAUAGCUACAACGAAGAGAUCACCGACAUGAGGGCACAGGCUGGUAGCAAAUCUUUCAACGGAGUUCGAGACAAGCUGGCGUCAACGGCCAAUACUCUGAACCAUAUCCAACACAUGGAGAUACCGGGCGCGGCAACAUGUAUGGCUUACCUGAUCAAGACCAAAGUCGUACGGGCCGAGUUUUCGAUGCCUCAACUGCUCGAAUUGGCAGAAGGGCUUGGACCCUAUCUCGGAAUUCCACAACCCAGAGCCUCUGACGUUCCACUCCAAGGAGGAAAAGCCGGCGAUAUGCAAGCUCAAGGCGGUAGAGCGACCUCCGCGCAACCAGUCCGUGGGCUGAAGCGAGAGACAUCGGAAGACCUAGACAUCCUCGAUUUGCGAGAGCGCCGCACAAGCCACCAUGGCGAGUUUUCAACCUUUUCCGAAGCCUCUCGGAAAGAAGUCAAGGGACACAACCGUGGCAGUGGCAGAGGUGGAGGGGUGAAAGCAGGCAAAUCACAACCGACAGACAUGGAUGUCGACACUAAGACCCAUCCUCAACGCAGUAUCAAAGACUUUUUCGGAGAAGAUGACCAGUCACCGCGGAGCUCCAGACGCGCCCCAACUACAUUCAUCGUCCAUGACUUGGAAGGGGAGAGAGCGGUGCAUGUUGGAGCUGGGAAAAAGUCAAGUGGCUUAAAGGCAACCGGACUACCUGCUCUAGGCUGGCCUCGUGCUCACAGAGCUGGGCGGCGACGGGAUCAGCCCAUCGUAAUACCUGACUCGGAUGAUGGUGAAUCUUUCGUCUCAGAAAGUGAAUACGAGACCCACGGUAGGAAUAAGGGCAGUGGCCGUCGCGAGGUUGUGGAGAGAGACGAAUAA